AUGAAUAGAGAAUUCAAUCAAAACCCGGAGCUUGUGCCUCGACUCAAGCUGAAUAUCACGAUAUCUGGAGCGAUCAAUGUAGCCGGAACACCCUAUAAUCUCCACUUCUAUGCUGGAGACCUGACAGAGGCUGAAGACUCUGUGCCUUCCUCACCAGCUGGAAAAGUUUUUGAAAGUUCAAACUCCUCGGAAGCGGGCGACCUAUUUCUUUCGAAAGACGAGAGUUCUGGAUUUUUCGAUCUUCAUAACAACCGACAAGAACAGCUACCGUCACGCUCAGGGACCACGACCAGGAAUCCGCGUGGUCAAACUUAUGUAUAUCCCAACAGGGCAGACUUUGAACCAACUCCCGGCAUUCAACACCACCACUCGCACCAAUCGCUUAUAGAGACCCCUCAACUCGGCGCGGGUGUGUUUGGAAGCUUGGGUGCGUUCCUAGGAUUCAUGUCUCCGGUCUCCCGGGAAAGAGCCAUUCCCCAAGGAUCCCGGACGUUGACAAAUGAAGACUAUGAGAGGGAUCCCGAUUAUGUUCAAGCGAUGAUUAAUAGACACUUGUUUGAGAAACCUGCAAAGUGGCAUUUAGUUUGGCAGGAUCAGGAUAAUGGCAAAGAUAAUGACAAAUUGGGUAAUUUCUCUGGAUCGUUGUACGCGAACGAUAAACCCCAUUGCCCUGGGAUUGGCUGCGGCGGCACCGCCGGGAUCAGAAGAUUGAGGGACUGUGCGAAGAACCACUGGAUCUGUCAUAAAUGUGGCCCCGAUGGAUGGAGAGAUUACAAGGCGGAACCAACUUCGAACGUGGUCAGGAAUGAGAAGAAGUGUACAAGAUGCUCCCAUGAGCACUGCAAGCAGUGCCCCGAUCGUGGCAACUUGGGAUUUUACUAUGUGAAGGAAGCCAUGAAGAAAUUCCCGGAGAAGUGGGCUUGA